CACUCUUUCCGUCUCUGUCCUUCCCUACCUCUCUCUCUUUUUUUCUGUGACACUCUCCAGGGAACGCAUCGAAAACUGAAGUGGCCGGAUUUCAAGUGACAAACAGCUCUGCACCCAGGAUCCACCCCCCUCCCGGCAGGGCUGCCUUCCUCCUCCACAUCCCCUGUCACGAAGCCUAUUGUGUCGGGCCCAGGGAGUUCAAGUUGAAGGGCCCGGGGGUCUGCGCCUCAGACUGCUCGGUGCUCCUUCCCCAUUGGCUCCGAGCAGCCUGUGCUCAGCAGGGGCUGAGCGACAGGGGGAGGCUCUCGUUCAUAAAAGGGGGGUGAGGCACCAGAACUGCCAUUCGAAGGGGCUUUGGUGGUGCUCACAGCUGCCUCUUGGGCACCUCCUUCUGAGCCGGAGUCAGUGAGGCCCCUGAGUCUUGGACCGGCCUCCUGCCACCACCAUCCGACCUGCUCGGCCAGAAGCUGCCCAGGGAGAAAGAAGAACGCAGGUCGUUUAUCUCCGGCCUUUGAGAUCUGCGUGGGGGAGCUGUUGCAGCAGCCGAAGCUGGAAGAGCUGAGACAGAAUGGCGUGGCAGGGGCUGGUGCUGGCUGCUUGCCUCCUCGUGCUCCCCUCCGCCACAGCGGACUGCCUGUCCGGCUGCUCUUUGUGUGCUGUGAAGACCCAACGUGGACCCAAACCCAUCAACCCCCUGAUUUGCUCCUUGGAAUGCCAGGCUACCCUGCUGCCAGCUGAGGAGUGGGAGAGAUGCCAGGGCCUUCUGUCUUUUCCCAGCCCCUUCACCCUUGGGCUCAGUGGCAAGGAAGAUUUGGAGAGCUGGCCAACUUUGGAAGAGCCCUAUCGUGAGCUGGCCAAGCGCAUGGGACCCUUCUUGAAGAAGCUGGAGGAAAACAGACUCCUCCUCAGCACCCCAGCGGAGGAGAAUGCUCUGAGCAGGAGCCUGGUGGAGAAGCUCAGGGGUCUCUCUGGCAAGCUGGGGGAGGGUGUGGAGUCUGAGCUGAUGGGAGAUGCCCAGCCAAACGAUGGUGCCAUGGAGGCUGGAGCACUGGAUUCUGAUGAGGAGGAGCCCAAGGAGCAGGUCAAACGCUAUGGGGGAUUUUUGCGUAAAUAUCCCAAGAGGAGCUCAGAGGUGGCUGGCGAGGGGGAUGUGGAUGCGGAUAGGGUGGGCCAUGAGGACCUGUAUAAACGCUAUGGGGGCUUCUUGAGGCGCAUCCGUCCCAAGCUCAAGUGGGACAACCAGAAGCGCUAUGGUGGUUUUCUCCGGCGCCAGUUCAAGGUGGUUACUCGGUCUCAGGAAGACCCCAAUGCCUACUCCGGAGAGAUUUUUGAUGCAUAAAUCCCUCCCCAUCGUGGAGUUGAGUCAGGAGCUUCCCCUCAACCCUUCCAGACUGGAGUGCACUCAUUCGUCUUCCCCUGUGUCCCCCGGCUCCAUGCGCAGUUCAGCAUUGUCUACGCAACAUCCAAACCCAGCCUGCUUGGGGUGCAGUGUUUGUGUGAGGUCAGUGAGGGGGAAGGAUGGAGUCCAGUAGACUUAGUGCUUGGCUCAGACCCCAGACCUCUGAAACUACCACCAGCAGCAGCUUUUGAUAUCAAUCCUCCACCCCAUGCAUAUGACUCCCCAAUUCCAAAAAUUUGGACUGACUUGUUCUUCAUCCCUCUGGAUCUGUGAUCGCCAAACUUUACUGAUCACGUGCCCCUCUCAGAAGGAAAAUGAGCAUAUCCCCUGCUGUGCAGGUAUAUUCAUCUAGAUAGCAUAUAAAUGUAUCAUUAUACAUACAAAUGGUAGAAAGUUAAAACCAAGACAGAUAAAUGAAUAGGAAUCCUAACAUUUUAUUCCUAAACC